UGAAGUGAAGUUGCGCCGUCUGGUGGCGAUCAGUGUCAACCUAAAAUUGUCUUGUGGUACGGUGCGGAGGUCUGCUUGGCAAUUUUAUUGCCUGAAAAUCACAAGUUUGCUAGGUUCAAUUUGUGAAAUAAUUUAUUAAGAUAAAAUGGCUCCCCCAUACUAUGCUGAUCUCGGAAAGAAGGCCAACGAUGUGUUUGGCAAGGGCUACCACUUUGGUGUAUUCAAACUUGACCUGAAGACUAAGAGCGAGUCUGGAGUUGAGUUCACCAGCAGUAUCACCUCCAACCAGGAGAGCGGAAAGGUGUUUGGCAGCCUUUCCUCAAAGUAUGCCGUGAAAGACUACGGCCUAACGUUUACAGAAAGGUGGAACACUGACAACACACUCGCCACCGACAUCACUAUCCAAGACAAGAUCGCCGCUGGCCUCAAGGUUACCCUGGAAGGAACCUUCGCACCACAGACUGGGAGCAAGACUGGCAAGUUGAAGACCUCAUACGCCAAUGACACAGUAGCUGUGAACACAAACUUGGACCUGGACUUGGCCGGGCCCAUCGUCGACGUGGCGGCCGUGCUGUCGUACCAGGGCUGGCUCGCGGGAGCCGUCACACAGUUCGACUCACAGAAGGCCAAGUUCGCCAAGAACAACUUCGCUCUUGGCUACCAGACCAACGACUUCGCCCUCCACACCAAUGUUGACAACGGCAAGGACUUCGGCGGGUCCAUCUACCAGAAGGUGUCGGACAAGCUGGACUGCGGCGUCAGCAUGAAAUGGACGUCGGGCUCCGCCGACACGCUGUUCGGCGUCGGCGCCAAGUACGCGCUCGACCAGGACGCCUCGCUGCACGCCAAGGUCAACAACAAGUCGCUCAUCGGCCUCGGCUACCAGCAGAAGCUGCGCCCAGGCGUGACGCUGACGCUGUCGGCCGCCAUCGACGGCCAGAACUUCAACGCCGGCGGACACAAGGUGGGCGUGGCCCUGGAGCUGGAGCCCUAGGCUGUAGACACACGAUGCCACGUCUGUUAUCAUAGCAGAGAAGCGUAUAUAGCAGAAUCAAUUGAACCUGUACCUUUGUAAUUCUAAUUAGUGUAACUGUGAGCGUUUAACGCGACGAUCGACUUCUCUUCAUAGUUCACGCCUCUGUUUUGCUGUUUCCAAAAUGGCGGACGAUUUUCUUUUGAAAAGUUUAGCGGAGAUCACGUAUUUCCGGGCACGCGGCGUUUCGACCCUCAUUUGCUACUUAUAUUAUUGAUUCCUGAUUGAAUUUAAACGUAACAAUAAUCGUCUUGUAAAUAAGCACCUAUGGUGUACUACAAUAUUGAAUAAAAAUGAAUAGUCUGUUGCGAUCAGCA